AUGGAGGGAUCACGCCAGCCUCGCAAGCGUCCGCAGUCCGAAGUCAAGCAGUUCUCGCAUGCACGGCCUACACACGGACAACGUCGCACACGUAGUACUCGUACUACUGCAGGUAUCAAUCCAGCGAAUCAGCAUACCCGUGAAGACACUCCAGCGAUACCAAAUGCUUUUGCUGAGUUCAAGUUUUUCGACGAUGAAGAACCAGGCCCAGGUGAGGUGCCACUUCCUAUCGACAAUCGUCUUUCACUAGGUUUGAGCGGACCAGGCUCUGCUGCAGUUUCCGAGCUGUCUCCCGAGCGUCAUCUAAACCAUUUAACGAAUCCUGGAACGUAUGUCUUGAGUGAUUCAGCUGUACCAGACACGCCACCUCGACUUUCCUUCCCUCAGUAUAUUGACGAAGAUAGACUGAGGCUAGGCGAACUUACACAUCCAAGCGGGAGUCCGGUACUGAGACGCGAAGUCAUAGUGAACGUCGAAAGGCCCGAUUUGAAUGCAUUUGACCAAAAGCUGGAUCAUGACCCUGGCGAAACAGCGGAACAUUCCGUAGAGACCCAAAAGGUUGCAGGCCUCAGGUCGAUUGCCGAAUCGCCAACACAAGAGGAUGAGCUGCCUGUUCUCCGAGGUAGUGCUCUUGCGGCUUUGAAUACGCCGACUGUCUCUGUUGCGAAGCAUGUCGCCAGGGCUGAUCAAGGUGAUUCGGAGAACCAAGAGCCAAAAGUCGUCAACGUAAGCAAGAACAGCAAUGAACCGGAGUUGCGGCAGCGAAAAUAUUCGGUCGAUCAGAACCCCCAGCACACGCAACCCGUAUAUAAUGGCGCACAAAAAUUUCUUAUCCGAAGGAAAUCUCUUCCUAUAGCCGCAGAAUUUGCGCCGGAGACACCUACCACCACGUUGGAAGCGACGCGAGAACUUUUGAAAGAUCUUGUAGACCAGGAAUCCGGGACCAGGAGUAUUGAAUCAGUCGUCGACCCAUCACAGGAUAUCAGGGGAACAGCAAAGGAGACUCUCACCACCUCGCAAGCCCGGCCGGCAACGCCAGGCCCAGCUGUGCGACCCGCGUCGCCACCGCUACAUCGCAAUGCUGCAGAUAACCGCAACCCGCUGGAAAAGCAAGACCGCGAAACCUGGACACUCUACAACCUUUCGUGCUGGACUGACAAAGCAUUCCUCAAGACGCUACUCAAAGGCCCAACGGUGGAGUUUCGCGUCGAAGCGCAUAGCGACCCUUUCCUGACCAACGUGUCCCAAGAAAUGUUGAAGCAUUUCUGUGGUGAACAGCACCUAGCCCGCCUCAUUCGGGACUACAGUCUGCAACCUGACCUACGAACAGAGGAUGGCGGGGAGAAGAAUAUUCUGAUCUUCCCAGAGAGGUCCGUCGACGCCACCGCCAUACUGCGCAUAGUCCGCUACAUGCGCCGCUGCUGCAUGCGCACAACCACCAUCACGAAACCUCACUUCCAGCUCCACGCCCCACCCUCCCUGGAAGCAAACAUCGAGACCAUUCGCGCGUGUAAUAUCUUCGGGCUGUACGCCGACGCGCGCCGCCUCCAGUACUUUCUCACCGAUAAGAAGAUUCCUGGGGGGAAAUUGACUAUGGAAGAUGUGGAGACGAUCUGGGAGGGAUAUGGCGGGGGCCUCAGAGAUAGCGUGUACACCGAUGCCUUGCUGACGCACCUUGUGUACAACGUGCUUGGUUCUGAUAGCGUCGAUCGUGAGGACUUUAUGGUGCUCCUUGACCAGGAAGAAUUUGCAGGGUUGAGAGAGUUGGUAGGCACGGAGUUGGGGAUCAAGAAGAGGGCUGCAGAAGAUAGGGAGAUGUUCCAGAUGCGACUUCAGCUCGAACGCGAGGAGAGAGUGAAUCAGGCCCUUGGGAAGGGUAAGCGCCUGACUAAGAUGGAGAAGAUCAGGGCGAGUAGGGGGCCAAUGGUGCAAGGGCGUUUGCUGAGGGUGCUGAGUUACGAUGCGUUGUUGGAACCGGAUUUGACGGCUGAGACGAGGUAUAAGGCGAGACCAGGACUAAAAAGGAGGUCGCUGUCUACUUCAGAUCUUACGGAUAAGUCGAAUGAGGCAAAAGAGCCAGAAAGACUGGACUCUGCCGGGAGACUUUUCCAAAAUGCGUUGAAGGAAAUAAAAGAAUCGGGAGCGGGCAUUGGAAGAGCCGAAACGAUACUGAAAGAACCUUCUGAUGCAGAAGAGCGGAUCACACUUUCAGCUAUACGGACACCCGGCAGACCAGCAGGCCCAACACCUUCCGGUAGGAAGCACAGGAGUGGCAGGCCAGAACAAUGGCGAGGUCAGCAUUCGGAGGACACCCGCCCGGAGGUGCCACCAAAGGACCCACAACCCGGUGUCGUAGGCAUAGGAGGGGUACGGCAGGAAAAGACCACGCUACUUCGAAAUGCAGCAGCGCAUCCUAAUACUCAACCGCAAGAUGCGCCGCGAACGCGUUUGUACGCUAGAUCAAUAUCGUCUGGUGGCUUGCUCGGCAAUGGUGGGAAAACACAGCCAGGGUCAUCUGUCGUGACUUCGCAGCGGGCGCCUAUGCUGAGGUCCCGAACAGAUCCAUAUUGGGCAACUCUGGGAAAUCAAUCUCGCCCAGCGAAGAAAAAGACUCCGAGCAAGCUGAAGCAGGUGUGGGAUGAGAUGCGAAACUUCUUUUGA